AUGCCUCUCGUCGUCCCCGGCGUCACCACCAGCUCCAACAGCGAGACUGAAAAGUGGCAGAACAAGCUGGUCGGCAAGAAACUCUCCGACGGCGAGCACGACGAAACCAACUUUUGCGUCAAGGACCUGCCCGAGGAGCACCGCGUCAUCGCGCCGGGCCAGCUGGUGACGCGGGACUUGAAGGAGAACCGGCUGAACAUUCACCUGGCGGACGAUGGCACGGUGACGCAUGUGGAGCGCGGAUGA